CUGCACUCUAAGCAAUCUUUCAGUGACUCAAGAAAGAGCAGCCCUUGUGAAAGACAAACAUGUCUGUACUUCAACAAUCACCAAGUGCCAACGAUAAACGAUUGCCCUUUAGAGAUAACAUAGUCCUAAUAUUCAUGUCAGAGCAGUGUGAGAGAGAGAGAGACAAAGACAGUAUCUGUGUGCGUGUGACCUCUCAGUGACUAAAUAACACUCGCAUCCUCCCAAAUACUGAGAUUGCAGCAAUUUUACCAGUCUAUCCAAUUUUUGGUUGUUGUUGUUUUUUUUUUUUUGUUUUUUUUUUUUUUUUAAUAUUAUGUCUUAUUUGUGAAAGCUACGUCCGCUGUCAGGUAAAAAAGGAGCCGAGCUAAAGACAGAGUUACUAGUGUCGUCUGUCGAGAUGGUCAUAUAUUGUCAGCCAUCGAUGUCAGUCCGUGCAUGCAAUAAGCUGCAGAAAGUAGGUCAACAACCUGUAAAGGUCGCGUUAUUCAUACGCACCAAUCAAAUGCCUUCGUAUAAAUUAAGGAUUACGCCUGACUGUGCAAUCUCAGAGAUAUAUCAGUCACAUGAUUCUCUUCUUUGGGAGGACGUUCUAUUUUUCUUCUCAGACAACACAUCUUAGCAAAUUACUCUUGCUCUUUGUGAAAAAAAAAGAUUGUCAGCAGUGUAGAAGAUGUCAGCGGUAGCAGACGACGCAGGAGAAAUCGAGGUGGACAGCUUUGAUUAUGUCCACAUGGUAAUUCCUGAUGUGAACGGGCUGCCGCGAGGAGCAGUUAUUCCCAGACGCUUCGUCCGCCAGAAGCUAACAGAAGGUGUCGACCUCGCCUACAACAUAUUAAUGCUUGGACCUAACUCGGAGUUCAGCACCAAAAUAGAAGAGUACAGAACGCUUGAGAACCGAACCUGGAAGCCUGACCUUUCAACUUUGAUAGCCACGCCCUGGUGCGACUCGGGUUCCCGCCGCACAGCUUUCGUUCUCUGCGAUCUUCUGAAAAGGGACGGUACUCCUGAUGGGUUGUCCACCCGUGGCAUACUGCAACAACUUCUUGGCAAGCUAAGGGACAAAUUCGGACUCACGAUUAAAGUUGCUUUCGAGUUUGAAUUCAUCGUCUUUAAAGAAGAUACUCUAGAACCUCUUGGAGGAGACAGCUUCCAGGUUUACGAUAUUCGCAGAACAGAAGGUCAUCGUGAUCUUGUGUACGACCUGUGCGAGACGCUGGAGAAGGCGGGUCUGCACGUGACAUCUAUUACCUCUGAGUAUUACGCCGGGCAGUGGGAGCUCAACUUCGACCCCAUAGAGGGCAUCAAAGCCGCCGACAUGGCGUUCCACGUGAAGAACGCCGUCAAGAGCUUCUUCAAGCGGCGCGGCUACACGGCCACCUUCAUGUCGGUGCCUGACGACAAGCUAGGGCGCAGCGGCCUUCACCUCAAUCACUCGUUGUGGACGGCGGCCGGUCAGAACGCCAUGGUGGACGACCAGAGGAAAGACGCCAUCUCCGACCUCGCUCUGCGUUGGAACGCAGGACUUCUGAAGCACGCGCGGGCCCUGACAGCGCUGUGUUGUCCCACCAUCAACUGCUACCGACGCCUGCACCAAGUGGCCUGCCCCUCCGAAACCACCUGGGCUGUGGAGCAUCGCACAGGUAUGAACCGCUUUAAGAUCAGCAACAACAACGUGUACCUGGAGAGUCGCCUGCCUUCCGGUGCAGCUAAUCCUUACCUGGCCAUCGCUGGUCACCUGGCAGCAGGAAUGGCAGGACUGGAGGCUACAGAAAUGGAACUGCCACCGGAAAUGGAUAUCGAGCAUGCACAAAAGUUGCCGACGUCACUGGGAGAAGCCUUGGACUGCCUUGAGAAGGAUACAGUGAUGGUGGAAGCGUUGGGUCGACGGUUUGUGUCGCAUCUUCUGAUUGGAAAACGCGACCAUGAACUUCAUCAGUAUAGUCUUCUCUCCCCAGACACAGAGGAGGAGAAAAUUAAAUACGAGAGAAAGAAAUAUCUUGUUAGCCUGUAGAUAUUUGUCUUCUUCUCCAUAUUAAUAUUCUAGAAAACUGAAUUCCAUGUAACACAUGAAAUGUGAACAAACGCAUAAUAGUGUGACAUUAGCUCUUUACACCAGAAUUUAUUGAUUGAAGAGGAGUGGCCAAAAGACCAAAGAUAAUGCUGACGCAGUUGGUUUAAUCGUUGGCAGCAGACGGUUAAUUAAUAAUGUUUAUAGAAACUUAGAUUUAUCAGUCACGUGCAGGCUGAAACGUGUUAGGUCAUACCUGGGUUAACACUAGGGGUGUAGUGUAGUGUUACUAACGGUGUCUCUAAAGUACAAUCUCUCAGGACGCAUGCUAAUUCUUUCAAAGCGAUUGCUUUUUUUUGGCUGUCCACGUCAUAAUACAUUUAGUUUACUGGAGUUGAGGGGGGAAGGGGGAAAGGUCAAGCAGCGAGGGACCAACCUGUUACAUAGCAGUGAGUAACGAUGUGCUGGUGAGAAUGUAAUAGACGAAGAGAAAGCCGUCUGCUGCGAAUGAGAAAGAAAGAGUAUGUGAGAGUAUCAACUACGUUAAUUGUAUAUGUGCUCUUCGUAUAGAUUGUAUAUUUUUUGUUAAUCGAGAAUUAUUUCUGUUUGUGCCUGUAAAGUUUAUUAAAGAAGUGAACUUUC